UUUCUAUUCACUUUUUCCGUCUUCCCAAACAGCUAUCUAUUAAACGCGGUCGAGAGAACUCGCUCAGGCUCAUCUGAUAUUUGGGGUUAGGGUUUUUUUCUCGAUACGACUCGCCAAUUCCAAAACCCUAAUUAUCAGAUCAGGACGCUCUGGAAAAAAAACUGGGAAUUAAGUUCUUUUUGGUGGUCAUUUUUAAUUUUUCCAGGUCUGAGCAUUCCGGUUAGCAGGGCCGCUUAGUUGAAUCAGCUAAGUUUCAUGUCUGAUAUCGACGUACAGCUUCCCACUGCCUUUGAUCCCUUUGCCGAGGCAACUGCUGAGGAUUCGGGUGCUGGGACAAAAGAGUAUGUACACAUCCGUGUACAGCAACGCAAUGGCAGGAAAAGCCUGACUACUGUGCAGGGAUUGAAGAAAGAGUUUAGCUACAACAAGAUACUCAAAGACCUUAAGAAGGAAUUUUGCUGCAAUGGUACCGUUGUCCAGGACCCAGAACUAGGACAGGUCAUUCAGCUUCAAGGUGAUCAGCGAAAGAACGUAUCUACCUUUCUAGUCCAGGCCGGGAUUGUGAAGAAAGACAAUAUCAAAAUUCACGGUUUCUGAGCCGUUGCAACUUGCAGUAACAUCGGCCUCUGCAUAAUGCGUCUCUCUGAAGUUCUGAACCCUCAGUUGAGAAGUUUGUUAUCUGAAUGUUGUAUCAUCUAUAAGCCAGUCUGCUAUGUGGAUUGUGUUUCCGGUGUCUAUUAAGUUUCGAUAAACUGUGUGAUGUGGGUGACUUAUGGAGCGUAUGACAACUUGUGGCUGUCUUAAUUUCAAUGUCUAUGAAAGUAUUACGCUUUUACCUA